AUGUUACCUUUAGAGCAAAGUUGGAACAGUCCUAAUGCUUCGACAACAAUUCCACCAUGGGUUGAUAUUAAUUGCGAAGAUGCUGAACUCCGAAAGACUCAUCUACAGGCCCGUGAAGUGGAUGUCCUCUGGAACCCUAUCGUGGAUUCAGGAAAGGAAAGUCAUCGAGGUAGCGAAGCGACAAUGAUCGACUAUCAAGAUCUAAACUCGCCCUACACCAGCAUAUAUGGAAUAUCACCAUUACAAGAAACAAACAUGUCGUCGGUGAACACACAACCACCAGUGACGGGCCACUCUAAUAUAAACCUCAGUCUUGCGCUCCAGUCAGCCAAAGGUCCAGGGGCUCAACAACAUGUGUCUUCUCUACAUGAUACAACAAUAUCUAGACAUGAGCCUUCAACAAAUUCGCUUUCACCCCCAUUCAUGGAAACAGAAUUAAACAACGAUGGAAACGCUUGGGUGGCAUCUCCACCACCUAUACGAACUAGGAAGUCAUCCAAAGGCCCCAUGGAUUCUCGUCGCCAGGUGGGACCUCCCACGAAAUCUUCUAUUCCGCGCGUCAGCUCCAAAGCAAUCGAAAUGAUCACAGACGUCCAGAAUCUAUAUAAAUUCGGCGUUAGUAUAGGCAUUCUUCCGGAGGAUAAAGAAACACAGCUUUCCCUGAGAAGAAUGAAACGUCGUUUUGUCUCCCUCUUGCCACAGCCGUAUAUAUCCGACUCGGACAGCUCAAGAGGUGAACAUUCCGACGGGGAAAGUGAUGAUACUGAAUUUCGAUAA